AUGCAACUCGCUCAGAAUAGCCCCUUCGACCUCUCUGAGGUCCGAACCCGUAUAGCCUCCUUCCUCGGCCGCAAGGACUGCCUCUCCUGCAUCCGUGUCUCUCGAGCAUGGUUCCAAGACUUUGCUCCCGCUGUCUGGCACACUGUCGACUUCGCCAAGGACGCCACCGCCUUUGCAAAAGUCACCCCAGAGAUCCUCGAAAAGUAUGGUGGUUUCAUCUCCGAGGCGCUCAACACUUCUUCGGUAGACCAUCUCCAACUACUCCAGCACUCCAAGGUGAACAGACUCGAGGUUAUCAAAAGCCAACUUGUCCACUCCUGUAUGCACCACCUGAUGUUGGCCGACACUGUUCGUCGCAGCCAAGAGUCCUUGCAGUCCCUAGAUAUCCAAUCCAAUGCACCUAAUCCGGACACCCUUGAAGAGCAACGAUAUCACGGCCGGCACUACUUGCUCUCUAUGGAUGCGAUAUCGUCCUCUGUCCCCCCUUUGCCUCUAGGAAAUGGAACAGGACAUGGAGGAGGGGGUCUGAGGAAAUUGAAACUCUCAUACAUCAACAUCACCCGAGAGACCUUUUCUGACUUCUUGCGACGCUGUCCCGGUCUUCAGGAAUUGGAUCUUCACCACGUCUUAUUUCUGAACCACAAGCCUUCGAUCUCCCUCUUUACAGGAUCCAAGCUCAGACGCCUUGUCGCUUCAUUCUCUCAGGUCUGGAAGGUGGAUCCGAAUGACAGGUCUGCCCCAUCCCUGUUAGCCCACUUUCCCCUACUGAAAGAAUGGCGCAUAACCUCAUUGACUCAACCAACCGACACCUCGCUCGUUGCCAUUCGCGAAGAGAUCACCAGGUGCUGCCCUCUCCUCAACCACAUCGAAUUUAACGACGGCGAUUCUGCCAUGGCCUCUUAUCUCCUCGCCAAUACAUUCGCAGGCUUAGAGUCCUGCUACCUCGUUGACACAAUCAUCGACUCGUCAACAGUACUUGGACUGGUUACUCAUCGAAACUCGCUCACCUCGGUCUCGGUCAUGGCCACAAGUAUCGUCGAUGUCGAUUACCGACCCACGACAGUAGAUUGGCUUUACAUGAUCCCAAGGUUUUGUCAACACCUUCAGGUUCUCGACUUGGACUCUUAUCUCUUAGAGAUAGACGAAAUCGAAGGUCACGAGUGGGUUUGCGAGGGUCUACAGGAGCUGAGGGUUCAAUUCAAGGGUCUCAAUACCCCUCAGGAUAUUGAUGGCUCUCUCAAGAAGCUGUGUGAUAUGAGACGAUCUGAUGGUAUUGCCUUGAUCCGACCCAUGGGCAAGGAUACGAUCUCGACUCGGGUUGUUCAACAUCUUCUUCAAUUCAAGCAACUGAGGACUGUCUGGCUAGGAACCGAGGAUUACUACAUCCCUCGCACAUCUGCCUAG